CUUCCCUCCUCUGACAUGAGGAUGAAGCUAUGGCAAGAAUGGCAAGAAGGUGCAACUCAAAUAAUCUGAACAGGGUUUUGGAAAUGAAGCACAACCUAUUUGGACCACUGAUUCUCCUCCUCCUUUAUACCAAUGCUGCUUUUUGCCUGGGAUCCGUGGUAAAAAAAGAUUAUAAAUACCAUUCAUCUCCCCAUUCGUGGGAGGAUGCUCGCAGGUUCUGUAGUGGAAAAUUCACGGACCUGGCCACCAUCUAUACACACUCGGACGUGAAUAAUCUGGACAUCCAUUAUGACUUCUGGAUUGGUCUAAAGAGAAGAGGCCCACAAAGCAAUGAAUGGGUCUGGUCCAAUGGUCUGGAAAACAAUGUUAAUAACUUGCUACAUAACAAGGAAAAUGCGACUGGAGACUGUGCCAUGGUCAAAUACAAUGAACAAAAUAGGAUCUAUAUCCGAAAUUGUAAUGAUCACAGGUUCUUCAUGUGUCAAAAGUCCAACCAGUUGAGCCAUCAGUUCAUACCAGAGGCAAAGACUUGGGAAGAAGCCUGGCAGUACUGCAAGUCUGAAUAUUAUAAUCUGGCCAGCUUUACAAGCUCCUUUCUCAACGACUUUCUCACUGAGCAGGAAUUUCCAAUCUGGAUUGGAAUGCACAAAGAUGAACAAUCAUGGAGCUGGACCUCAGGAGUCUCUGAAUAUGAUAGCUGGUCAACAGGAGAGCCGAGUACUGAGGGUGACUGUGGGUCUAUCUCCUCGGUGACAAAGAUGAUGGCCCCCAAAAACUGUACUGCUCGUUUUCCCUUCCUCUGCAUCCUAGACAGUGUGGUUCUGGUGAAAGAGAAAAAGAGCUGGGAGGAGGCACUGGAACACUGCAGAGGCCUCCGUUCAACCACAAACAAAGAUUUCCGCUAUGAUUUCCUCAGCCUGCAGCCCAAUGACCCACAUGACUUUGUUUUGAACAAGGUCAUGCAGGCUGAUACUGAGGAGGUUUGGGCUGGUCUGCGUUUCCUGGCUGGUGAAUGGCUGUGGGUGAACGGAGCAGAUAUGUUGUACACAAACCUGCCCCGCUGCCCCACCCGUAGGCAACACUGUGGGAUCUUAUCCAAGAGCAGUGCUGGCAGCAUGGAGGCCAGAGACUGUUCAGAAAGAAAAAACUUUCUUUGCUACAGUUAUACACCGUAAUGAGGCUACCAUCAAAAGAAUUGAAUAUUGCAACAUAUGACACUACAGUACAUCUACAUAUAUGUCAUAUUUAAAAUGUUAUCUUACACCAAAAUAAACGCCGUUUAGAAAAUUUGAAAUAUGAAUUUUCUAAUAUUUAGAAUCACUACAUUAUUGUUCUAUUAUAGUUUAUAGAGAUAAAUGCUAUCAAUUUACGCUUGAAAAAUAUCUUUUUUAGUCAACCUUUUCCAGUUAUUUGGAUGUUGCUCAAAUAAUAGUUUCCUGUGUUUGUAAAAUGGGUUUUUCAGUGAUUAUUUGACUAUGAAUCACCAAAUUUUUGGAUACAUUUUUAAAGCAAUCCCCAGGAAGAAUUACAAUACGAAGUAAUGGAUCAAAGAUUUGUCCAUACAGAAGAUGAAGUAGAUUGAAAGAUCUCAAAGAGAAGACAUUAUACCCUGAUCUAAAGCAACACCAGAAAAGAUGAGAAACAAUGUGUUUAGCAUCAAUCUGGGAAGAAUUACAAAGUCAUUGUGAAGGCUUUGGGAGAAACAUUAUUCACUUAUGGAAAAGACAUGGAACAGUGGUGAACCUUUCCCAGCGAUGGCAAUCUACUGAAAGGAUUUCCAAAAUUGUAUCAGCUCAUCAUGGAAAUGGAAAAAAGUAAAAAAUCAAUACUAAUGAUCUGCAGCCCUCAUUGGCUUUGGAUAAUGUCAAUUUCAAGAUUUAAAAAUACGAAAUAAGCUGGACUGAAAUUGGAAAGCUCAAACUGAAAAAUAACUGUCCAGAAGAGAAAAAAACCCGGUUUAAAAUUUGUUCCCAAAAAAACAUCUUGACAAUCCCUAGAGUUUGGGAGGUUGUUUGUACAGAUGAUGGAAAUAUUGGACUCUUUAAAAGUGUAGUGCAUUUGAAUAUAGUGCAAACUAACAGAGUGUAGCAAAAGAAGACUUUACUGACAGUCAACAAGAUGCUGUUAUUGAGAUUUUCUGCUUUGUGCCUUAAAAACUGUAACAUUGUCAAUGUCCUGAAAAUAGCUUUAUAAAGAGGUAAUUUGGUUUGGAUUAUUUGCUUCUUAAUAAAUAAAAUA